AUAAUUUACAAACCCUACAAUAUCUGAGUAGUGACAAAUAUUUUUCACAAGGUACGAGUAUAAACAAAAGUAGCACUAAAUUAAAUAAAAAGAUGCCUUACAAACUCGAACCAAUUCCAAAUGGAGAGACAUUGAUUGGCGAAGGCCCACAUUGGGACAUUGAAACACAGAGCCUUUAUUUUGUAGACAUCGAUGUUGCUAAAUUGUUACGCUAUGAUUACAAGCAAAACAAGACGUACAGCGCAGUACUGGAGGGUGAAAAGUUUGCCUCCUUCAUCAUACCCGUCGAAGGAGAAAGUGGUAAAUUUGUUGUGGGUUGUGAUCGUCGUAUAGCAAUUGUCGCUUGGGAUGGUGUAUCACCCAUUGCCAAAGUGGAACGUGUCGUCAAUGAGGUGCAACCGGGCAAGGAGUUUGUUUUGAAUCGACUGAAUGAUGGUAAAGCCGAUCCACGUGGACGUCUUGUAGCUGGCACCAUGUACAAUGAUCAAAAGGAUCUCUUCUCACAAAGUAAGGGCGAACUAUAUAGCUUUGAAAAAGGCAAGCCGGUAAAGGUUAUCAAGUCGGAUGUUGGCAUCUCAAAUGGUUUGACAUGGAAUGAGAAAACAAAUAAAUUUUAUUUCAUUGAUUCAGCCGAUUUUGAUGUCAAGGAGUAUGACUACAAUCUUGAUACGGGCGUAGCGAGUAAUCCCAGAGUAGUCUUCAAGCAUGACACUUAUUUACCUGAUGGUAUGACUAUUGACAGUGAUGGCAAUAUUUAUAUUGCCACAUUCACCGGCCACACAGUCUACAAAGUCAAUCCGAGCACUACUGAAAUUCUUUUGGAAAUCAAGUUUCCCUGCAAACAAAUCACUUCUGCGGCGUUCGGUGGUCCCAAUUUGGAUAUUUUAUAUGUAACUACCUCCCGUUUGAACGAUCAGCCAUCACCAGCCGGUAGUACCUACAAAGUAACCGGAUUGGGCGUAAGAGGUCUGCCAAUGUCGAAGGCGCGAAUAUAAAUAUGUGCAUACAUACAUACAUACAUACAUAUGUCGCAGCGUUAAAGCACGAGAACCUAGAACGGGACUAUUUAUGUGAACCUUAACUGAAAAUUUCUUCCAUUAGAAAUUCAAAUUUGUACAUAUAUUUUUUAAGUUGAGGCUAAUUAAUUAAAUAAAUAAGCAAAUAAGUGAAUUAA